CGCUAAGAGAUAGCUCGAAGCAGGUUUAAAUUGUACAGACAGAGCUCUCUUGGAUAUUCACAACUAGAGGAAGAAGGCGCACCAGCUGUGACUAAAUAAAGCCGAGUCGUCGCGAUUUUAGAUCCUGUUUUGAAUAUUUACCAGCAGAAACCAACGUUCAGGCGUUCCAUUGCGCGAGGGGCUUCAUUAUUCCGCGGGUAGCUAUUGUUUUUACCGACCCAGCUUUGUCCUUCGCAGUCACAAUUGUGGUGGGUUGCUGAUAUAUUAAUACUAAUCGUAGUGGAAUAUGGCUCAGCAUGGACAUCACGUAGCCAGUUCACAAAAAGCACUAAUGCUCGAAAUGAAAAGUCUCCAAGAUGAGCCAGUCGAAGGAUUCAAGAUAACUUUAGUGGACGAGUCGGACAUGUACAACUGGGAAGUAGCGAUUUUCGGACCCCCGAACACGCACUACGAGGGUGGUUAUUUUAAGGCUCGGAUCAAGUUUCCUGUCGACUACCCUUACUCUCCACCUGCUUUCCGUUUCCUCACCAAAAUGUGGCAUCCCAACAUCUAUGAGAACGGGGAUGUGUGUAUCUCUAUCCUGCAUCCACCAGUGGAUGACCCACAGAGCGGUGAGUUGCCUUCAGAGAGGUGGAACCCCACACAGAACGUCAGGACCAUCCUGCUCAGUGUCAUCUCACUGCUGAACGAACCAAACACAUUUUCUCCUGCCAAUGUGGACGCGUCAGUCAUGUACCGCAGGUGGAGGGAGAGCAAAGGCAAGGACAGAGAAUACAUUGAGAUCAUAAGAAAACAGGUAAUGGCUACCAAAGCUGACGCAGAGCGGGACGGCGUGAAGGUUCCCAUCACAUUGGACGAAUACUGCGUCCGCACCCAAGUCCCACCCACAGAUGACGGCUCCAACCUUUUAUAUGAUGACUACUAUGAUGACGAAGAGCUGGAUGAAGAUGACGAUGAUGACGAUGAGGACUGUUGCUAUGACGAGGAUGAUUCUGGCACAGAGGAUUCCUGACCGUGUCAUGGCGUCCUCCUCCUCCCCCAUCACUGACCACUUCCUGUUCUCACCCACACACACAUGCACCCCCCUCUUUCAUUAUGGAAGCCUCUUCCACCCUCUUCUUCCUCUGGAGUCGUUACUGAGAGCCCCACCAUCCACUUCUGUUAAGUGCAGUCACAUUCUGCACACUAAAGCCUGAUCCUGUGAAGAAAACAAAGCUGCAGAGUUGUUCUUUGAUUUAUUAUUUUUUACAUUUUAUUAAGAUUUUUCAAAAAAAUUUUGUUUUAGUAGCGGUUACACACAAAACGAACACAAACAGCAGUAAAAUGUAAAGAAGUAACUUUUCCAUCUUCGUUUUCAUCGGCAUCUGUUUGGAAUUUCCAAAAAAAAGCUUUCUGGCUUUAUGACUCGAUUGUUCCACAGAUGUUGAUGUUAUGGUUUUAGCCAAAUUUCUCUUUGGUAUAAAUUUGCCCACUGAUGAAGCGCCAUCAGCAGAUGGAGGAUGAUCACUUUAAGUAAGAUGCACCAAUACCAACAGCAGCUACUGUGCAGAGUUUCCAGCAAACUGGUGAAAAAAAAGAGUUAAAGUAAACAAGCUGAUCACCGCUCUCAUAGUGGUAGCCCAUUUUAUUUAGCCACAUUUUGCUAACAGCAUCAAAAGAAGUGAAGCUCUCCAUCUAACGACAUAAACGGCUGCUUUAAAAUAAUAUCUGAUUGUUUCUAAUCUGCCGUGUGGAAAAAGCUUCUGAGUUGAUCGGCAGCAAGCAGUUAUAUUAGAUAAUGCACUGUGUCAGUCAGGUGCAUUAAUUUGGUUUAUCACAAGGUCAUUUUCUCACACUAGUAGGACUUGUGGUUGAGAGUUUGUAGCGAGUGUUUCACAUUUUAUUUAUUCAGUAUUUUUACACUAGGAGUUGAUAUUCAGACCAUUAUAGUCAAGAACACAGGAACUCACUCUGUUUGCAACCAAACUGUGACUUAGAUCAGUGGCAUCUAUAGUACUCAGUAUUACUCAAGUGUGAGCACGCAUGCUCGGUUGGGUGGUAUUGGUGCAUCCCUGAAUCUAAAUCCAGCAGCAUUAGCAAAAGAAGGUUAUUUGCUCUUGGAUAGCUUGUGUUUGAUAUCUUGAUCUGCUAGCAGGCUGAGUCAGGUCCUGCCACACUUCACCUCUGACCCUUCUAUCAUCACAAAGCUUAUGCUGCUCCAAAUGGGGGGAAGUUAUCGUUCCCCCAAAAAGCCCACUCACACUUUCUUGUGCCUUGUUUAAACCAUAAUGUUCCAGAUUCAAGCGACUGACCACCAGCUCAACCCUGAAGAGUGGCAGAGUGUGAUGUACAAAAUUAUUUAUAGAAGCAUCUGUCAGAUUUGUCUGGUGGUGUGAGUGAGAAAGUUAAGAUCUAACAGCUGAUCUGCAGAGUCAAAUGUAGAUCAUACAUCCUCCCACUGCCCCACAUCCUUUCAGAGUAAAAGCACGUGCUUUCAGCUGCCUGGAUAUGUUGAAGAAAAAUGGCUACCUGAGUCUGCUGCUGCUGCCCAAAAAAUCCUGAGUACUGUAUUUAAAAAAUCCUAUGCAGCGCUUCAAAUGCAGCAGUAGCCUUUUGAUAGUCUACUCUAACUCCAGAUUGGUCUGUGAAGGCUUUGGAGUGAUGGAGAUGGACGUGUGCAGCUGGAUCCAUUUUUGUUUUGGUCUGCAGUUUCAGUCCUGUACUGAGUAGCACAGCUCCCAAACCGUCAGAGCGCGUCCCCUGCUGGUCAUUGUGUGCACUAUUUUUUUAUUUCUGUCUUUGAAUGACUAGACUGGAUCGGAGCCAUCUUGACUCACCUGAAUCUUGUUACCUCAGAGGAGAUCAGGGGAAUGGAAAACGACCUGCUGAAUAUGUAGGCCGACUGGGGGGGAGGGGGUUGGUUUUCAGUCUCCUGUGCACCACCAGAGGACUUCUACUCUCGGCCAGGAGUGCUCUGCUGCACGCUUAAACACUUUACCAACAGCUAGCAGUGUUCACAAUGUUACUGUGGCCAUGUCUGUUUUCUCAUGUUUGAGCAGAAAAACGUGGAGAGAAAGUGAAGAAGUUCAAGGCUGGUCUCUGAGCAUGACCAGACUUAUGUAGUUCUUCACGAGCAUGCUGAUAUGUGUUUGUGGUUUUAGGUCUGCUGUAGGGGUUGGGAUUAUGUCCAAGAUUAGGGAUCGGAACCUGAAUGAGCCGGGGGUGUGUGACUUUUCCUGUUUUUUCCAGUUUUGACUUGUUUUCUAAAUUAUGAUGCAAGCUGGAAAAUUUUAAUUUUUGUGUGAAGAUUAAGAACUCGUGUUAUUCAUGAGAGAAUACGUAAUUGUACAUUUAAAUACACCAUCUUGUGAGAACAGAAAUGUUCCCCAAACUCACACAAUGCCCCUGGUCAUGAAUAUUUCACGAUGAACUGUUGGUAACCCAGUUUCAUGAUCUAUGAAUGAUGCUCGUGUUUUUUUUUAAAGGGAGGGGUGUUACUUUUGUCAAAUGUUUUCUCGUCUUUCCACUUUUUCCCCAAGUUCUCUGAACUGUGAUUGCGAUAAAACCCAGCAGUUAAGAAACAACUAAAACCUCAGGAAAAUAAAAAAACUACCAACAAACCAACCAACCAGUUCUUCUCUAGCAGGGGUGGGAUGGGGGACUCAUUUUUUGGCUUCAAAAGACUGUUUACAAUCUCUACCUUGAUAUGCACAUGUGGAUAUUUUGACGAUCACUUGAUGUUUCUUAUUUUUUUCUUGUUUAUAUUUUCUUUUUUCUCAUGGUUUGUAAAUCUAUUUAAAUUCUGAAAUAAAGUUCUUUAUUAGA